UGGGUGUGGAAAUAGAAAAUCAUUUUAAAAUAAAGAUAACAAUCCAAGAGUUUGGUGCUAAUUUUGAAAAACUUUCUAAAAAUUGAAACAAAAAUUUCCUUUUUAGAUAUAAAAUGAUAAAUUUAUUCAAACUUAAAGUUCACAACUCACAACCCACGCUUUCAAACCCAUUUUAAAAAAAAUACAAAAUUGAAUUGAAGGUAGGGUGUUAUUGGUGUAUUCUCAGGGUCAUGUAAUACAUGGACAACAUGGUCCAUAAGAAAAUGACCAAAAAAAACAAAAAAAAUCAGUAAUAUCUCCCGGGGCGACUUCUGGUUAAGCUUACUCCGAAAUUGAAGUUGCGGACUUGAAGAAGAUUGAAGUUGGGAUUAAUUUGUUCAUAAACAAUGGAGCUGUUGCAUAGCCUUCUCAACGAUCCCUAUAAUAAUCACCAGGUAUCCCAUUUCAUAUCUCAUUUCUUCGUUUUAUCCAAAUUCCCUUUACAACUCCAACAAACGAAACAUAUACACUUGUUCUUGCUUUUCAAUUUAUCAUACUGAAACCAUGAAAACCUCAAAUAGUAACUUGUCCAAUAGUGAUAACAAUUCAAUUAUGAAAUACCCAGUUGUAAAAGAACAAUCUUUAGAGUUGUACAGUGAAAAAAUCAGUAAUUAUUGUAAAAUUGGGUGUGUAGAUAAGGCUAUGUCAUGUAUUUCUGAAAUGCAAGCAAUGGGUAUGUACCCUAAUCUUUUUUGCUAUUCAUGUUUAAUUGAGGCUUUAGGAAGUGUUGGUAGAACCCUUGAAGUUGAAAUGAUUUUCCAAGAAAUGAUAUAUCUUGGGUUCAAACCUGGUGUUGGGGUUUUCAAUGUUUUGAUUAAAGGGUUUUUGAGAAAAGGGUUGUAUGAGCUUGCUAAUAGAGCUUUAAGGGUAAUGGAGGAGUUGGGUAUUCGUCGAAAUCAAGAGACGUUUGAGAUUUUGUUGGAUUAUUACGUUAGUGCUAGGAGGUUGACUGAUACUUGGAGGAUUAUUGGGGAUAUGAAGAAGAGGGGUUAUCGAUUGAAUUCGUUUGUGUAUAGUAGGGUAAUUGAGUUGUAUAGAGAUAAUGGGAUGUGGAAGAAGGCAAUGGAAAUCGUAGGGGAGAUAAGUGAGAUGGGUGUGCCUGUGGAUAGGCGGAUGUAUAAUAGCAUUAUUGAUACAUUUGGGAAGUAUGGUGAGCUAGAUGAAGCCAUGGAAGUGUUCGGAAAGAUGCUUAGGGAAGGAGUAGUGCCGGAUAUAAUGACGUGGAAUUCUUUGAUCAAAUGGCAUUGCAAGGCUGGGGAUUAUAUGAAGGCACUUAGUUUGUUUACUGAUAUGCAAAAUCAAGGACUGUAUCCUGAUCCUAAGAUAUUUACUAUUUUGAUCAGUCAGCUAGGAGAUCACGGAAAGUGGGAUUUGUUGAAGGAAAAUCUUGAGAAAAUGAACCGUCGAGGUUACAAAAAGAGUGGAGCUGUAUAUGCCGUUCUAGUUGACAUAUAUGGACAGUACGGGAGGUAUCAGGGUGCAGAAGAAUGCAUAUCUGCUUUGAGAGCUGAAGGUGUUCAGAUGUCAUCAAAUAUUUAUUCUGUUAUGGCUAAUGCAUAUGCUCAACAGGGAUUAUGUGAAGAGACUGUGAAGGUUCUGCAAAUCAUGGAAGCUGAAGGUAUUGAACCGAACCUAAUCAUGCUCAAUAUUUUGAUCAACGCAUUUGGUAUUGCUGGAAGAUAUCUUGAGGCACUCUCUGUAUAUGACCAUAUCAUUGAAAGUGGCAUUAAUCCUGAUGUCGUUUCAUACACCACUCUAAUGAAAGCUUUGAUCAGGGCUAAAAAGUUCAACAGGGUUCCUGAACUGUAUGAACAAAUGGAGUUGACUGGAUGUACUCCUGAUAGGAAGUCCAGGGAGAUGUUGCAGAUUGCACUGAUGCACCUUCAACCAAUAUGAUGCUCUGAUGAUUUUAGAUUCCGAUUCUGAAGCCUGUUGAGGAGAAACUCCGCAUGACUAUCUUUAUAACUGUACGGCCUCACUUGAUCCAAAAAUUAACCUAACAUCAACUAUUCAAUCCCCAACCCCAUUAUAAGUCCCAAAAUGCAGAAGAAACAAAUCACAGGCACAGUGAUAAAUUAGGCCAGGCAAGCCUUAACAUCAACUAUUCAAUCCCCAACCCCACUUGCUUAUUUCAAGGCAAAUCAUGCUGAUUGCAUAAUUUGGUUUUUAAUCUUACCCAUCUGAAGCCUAGCUGACUUGCAGAUGGAACAUUACUUGAAUCAACCAUGCGUUCCUGGCCUUCCUGUUGACUCGCAGAUGUAACAAAGGGGCAUUCGGAUGGCGAUUCAGAAUUGCAGUUGCUUUAGGAGUUUACGGGGACACUAUGGUGCUCAUCACUGUAAUUGUAUGAUCACCUUAGAAUGAUGGUGCUUGACGGAAUAUAUUUGCAGAAACAGCCUCUUGGAAAUAGGUAUAGAUUAGAUCGUGUACAAUCCUCUGAUGCCUUUCCUAGUUUCCUCAAACUCCGUGUUGGCUGAAGGAUUAUUUACUGCCAACGUUUUCAGCCUAGACUCAAAGGACUAUUUUGUGCACGUCACCCAAGAUUGUAUAGUUUCCUCAAGCUCUUGUUUUCGAAAGGGAAUGGAAGGUUACCAUCUCUCACUGUUAUAGGGAAGCUAAUCGAGCGGCAGAUUGGUUAGCAAACUAUGGCGUGACGUUGAAUGAGAAGUUUGUUCACUUUGAAGCGGUCUCGAAGGAUUUUUUGCCGUGUUAUUGGAGGAUUGAGUGGGAUGAUGCAGGCAAGGAUGGUUCCGGCUGGUAGAGUGCCUUAGGAUGUGUGCUUUGUUCUAGUUGUUUUGGUUUUGCUUUUAUUUUUGUUUUAGCUUGUUCCUUUGUUUUGGGGCUUGCCCCUCUCUUUCACCCAAAAAAAAAAGGACUAAAAGAAACUUUAUAUUGGGAAAAUAUAUGUGGUCCUCGAUUUGGGAGAUCAAAGCCUAGUA